GAUCGGUGGUCGUAAUCGGUAUUCGAAAAACGCGCAAUUUAACGGUAUCAUGCGUCCGCGUUGUUAUUGUUAUUUGUUUUCAGUUUUGACGUGAUUUUAUUUCGUAUUUUCUUUUUCGAAUGCAUCGUUAAUCUCUGUUCUGUACCACUUAUCGAACAAAAAUACAAAUUACAAUAUUUCAAAAUCCGUUUGAACGUUCAGCUUACUGGUUUAUGUACUUCAGGUGAAUGUCUACAUUAUACCUGUGUCUCAUUGCUUCAGUACUUGGCGUUUUUAUGACUCUAGGGUCUGCCUUAAAUGCUUUUGACGUUAGACAGCUCCAGUGAUCCCGUCUACUGAUUAUACCGUUGCUGUAACCUCGAUUACUGAUGGCUAGUCGACAGUCUGUAAGUUCAAUCUUAAAACCACCUAAAGUACGGGCACCUCUAAAAGAGAUCGAAACAGUUGAUCAAGAUGCUGAUGAAAAUACUGCAACAUUAUCCAAAAGAAAAGUGAGUUUUUCAGGGAUGAAUAAAAUAAAAAUGUACAACACAGGUGCUACAUCUUUAACUGUACAUCAAGCUCCUAUGUUUGAUGAGCAAAUUUCAAUGUUAUCUGAUUCUUCAAAUGUAGAAAAACCUAAAACAUCAGGAAAAUUUGAGAAAUCUGAUGCUCAAAUUAGCAUUGAAUCUACUAAUUGUACCAACUUAGAAGAUAAUGGUCGUAUUAUUAUUGAGUAUGAAAGUCCAAAUGAUAAUAUGGAAAUGACUGAAGCAUUAUCGGGUAAAAUAUUGUCAGACACUAUUUAUACUAUUGAUAAUAAUGGUUCUGAGCAUAUUAGUUACAGUUCAGAUUAUUCAGAGAAUAAUAUGGAAUUCACAGAAGCACUAAAAGUAGGCCAAAUUUUAUCAGGGGAUAAUGGCUGCGAUUUAAGUUCUACUGAAAUGUCUGAAACAUUGGUUGAUGAAAGUGGUGAAGAAUCAGUUAGUCAAUUUGGUCUUAUACCUUCAACACCAUUAUCUGAUGUGCCUAUUAAAAAUACUUUGAAUAUUAGUUCAAAUUCUAGCUGUAUGGAUUUUACUUGUGCAAAUACUAAAUCUAACUUAUUGUGUAAUACUCAAUCAAGUAAUAUGGAAUUAACUUGUAUGACUAAAUCUUUAAAAUCUAUUUGGUCAAGUGAUGAUUAUAAAUCAAUGAAUAUGGAGUUGACACAAUUACCUGACAGACAAACAUUUGAAGAUAAUUGUGAAUUGGUUUAUGAAUGUAGUGAACAUUCUAUAAGUAUGGGAUCGGAUAUAUCUUGUGAAAUUCAAGAAAGAAGCAGCUGUGAAUCAGAAAUUGUGCAAACUAAAAAAUCAGAAAAUAAUAAUUCAAAUUUUCAAACUAUUGGUUGUGGUUUGGACAAGUCUGAUACCGGAGAAGAUUUUAUUGAGGAAUUAUCAUUAAGUAUGGUUUCAAUGGACAUUGAUCCAACAUUAGAAGAUAAUGCAUUUGAAAUUAGUUAUGUAAAUGUUGAUGACCCACUAAGAGUUUUAAAUGAACAAAAACUUUUAACAAUACCUAUGACGGCAGUAGUAGAAAAUAGUUGUAACCCUGAACAAAGUGUGCUUGAUAAUUAUUCAAAUAUAAUUGAUAGUAAUCAAACUAAUGAAUCUAGACUAUCUAUACUCCCCACAGGUUCUUCAUUUGUUGUAAAUAUGUCUCCCGAAAAAAAUAUCAACCAAGACAUUGAAAUCGAAAAUCUUCUACAACAAACAUUACAUAAUCAUACAUCUGUGUUAGAUAAAAAUCAAUAUCUUGAAAAUAAAUCAAUAAUUGUUGAGAAUAACCUACAAAAAAAAAACUAUUCUAGGAAAACAAUGGUUCACACAUGUCCAUUAAAUGUUCAAGACAGCUCUUUUGAAAAUGAAGAUACAUCUGGUACAGUCGAUAAUCAACAAAAACAUUAUUCCAGAAAAUCAAUCGUUCCUACAACAGUUUUUAAAGAUGAUAUAUCAGAUACCAGUGUAGUACUUGAAGAAAAUCAACAAGAAAAAUAUUCUAGAAAAUCAAUUGCUCCUACAACUGUUUUUAAUGAUGAUAUAUCGGAUACAAGUGUAGUACUUGAAGAAAAUCAACAAGAAAAAUAUUCUAGAAAAUCAAUUGCUCCUACAACAGUUAAUGAUGAUAUAUCGGAUGCAAGUAUAGUACUUGAAGAAAAUCAACAAGAAAAGUACUCUAGAAAAUCAAUUGCCCCUACAACUGUUUUUAAUGAUGAUAUAUCGGAUACAAGUGUAGUACUUGAAGAAAAUCAACAAGAAGAAUAUUCUAGAAAAUCAAUUGCUCCUACAACAGUUAAUGAUGAUAUAUCGGAUGCAAGUAUAGUACUUGUAGAAAACCAACAAGAAAAAUAUUCUAGAAAAUCAAUUGCCCCUACAACUGUUUUUAAUGAUGAUAUAUCGGAUACAAGUGUAGUACUUGAAGAAAAUCAACAAGAAAAAUAUUCUAGAAAAUCAAUUGCCCCUACAACAGUUAAUGAUGAUAUAUCAGAUACAAGUGUAUUACUUGAAGAAAAUCAACAAGAAAAAUACUCUAGAAAAUCAAUUGCUCCUACAACAGUUUUUAAUGAUGAUAUAUCGGAUACAAGUGUAGUACUUGAAGAAAAUCAACAAGAAGAAUAUUCUAGAAAAUCAAUUGCUCCUACAACAGUUUUUAAUGAUGAUAUAUCGGAUGCACCUAUAUCUAUUUUUUACCAAUCUCAGUCUUUUGAUUCUGAAAAUUUAUCAAAUACAUCUGGAGUAGUCGAAGAAAAUAAUCAAAUUGAGUAUUCUCGAAAAUCAGUCGCUCCUUUAUCUGUUUUUAAUGAGGAUGCAAUGAAUACAUCUGAAAUACUUGAACAAAACCAGCAGCAAAAUUGCUCUCUACAAUCAAUUGCUAUGUCUGUUUAUAACCAAACAAAAUCUCUUAGAAUUGAAAAUGUAUCAAAUAUAUCCGAGAAUAUAUCUGUAUAUAAUCCAACUCAAUUUGCAGAAAAAUGUGACACAUCUGAGUAUCAUCCAACUUGGUCUGCUGAAAAAGAAGAAACAUCUUUAAAUAAUUUAACUCAGUCUGGUGAAAAAGAAGAAAUAUCUUUAUAUAACUCAACUCAGUCAGCUGAGAAAGAAGAUACAUCUGAAAUAAUUGAAGAAUAUCAGCGAAAAAGAUAUUCUAGAAAAUCGGUUGGUCCAACUUCUUUAGUAUUCACUCAUAGUGAAUCUCUAGAUGUUAGUAUGUCAAAUAAUUCAUUGAACACUGAAGAAAGUGAUCAACUAAAAUCCGAUGAGGCACUAGAUUCUGAGAUUUCAGUAACUGUUAAUAACCAAUCUAAUCUUCAAUCAGAUGUAUCUAUUCACAACGAAGAUAAAUCAAUUUCAAAAAGUCAACACCAAUCUGUAUUACUUAAUUUGAUUAAUGAUGAUAAUUUUAAUUCACCCUUUAGGAAAAAAUCAAAAAAAUCUGUAAAUCUAACACAUUUAAUAAAAUCACCUGCUGAAGAUCAAUGUACAAAAAAUGAAUUAGAAAUUACUAAUGAUAAUUUUUCUGAGAAUUUUGAAAAUGUUAGUAAAAUGGAUAUAUCGAUGGAACACGAAAUUGAAAACGACAAUAUAAUACACAAUUCUUUUGAAUUUUUAGUUGAUUCAAACGAAGGUAAAAAAGUGAAUAAAAGUAGUGUACAUGACCAUAUGUGUGAAACAAAUAAAGAACUAAUUGUCAUGGCACUUGAUGAAUUAGAAAUAAAUAAAACAAAUUUAAAUGAAUUUGUUAAAGAUAAUGACAUUGUCAAAGAAAGUGAAUAUAUAAACGAAGAAAACAAUAAAAACAACUCUAUAAAAGUAACUGACAAUAUUAAAGCGACUAAUCAUAUUUUAACUUCAAAUGAUCAUUCACCUAGUUGUAAUGAAGAUAAAACUACCAAAACUAUUUGUGUUAAAGAUAUAGCUAAUAUUUCAUCAGACAAAACACUUCAAAACAAUGAAAAACCAUGUCUUGUAAAUCGAAAAAGAAGUUACAGUAAUAGAGAUUGUGCACCUUUAUCUUGUUCGUCAUUUAUGUCUAAACCUAAUAUUUGCCAUAGUAUGGAUGAAGAUUUCAUCACUGAUGAUUUUAUUCAACAAAGUCCUAUUAAAAAUGAUGUUAUUAAUAAAAGCUUAAAUAAUGAACAAUUAGUAAUAGGAAAUGAACUUCAAGAAAAUUUGAUUAAAAACGAGUCCAUAAAAGAAAAUUUGUGUAAUGAAGUUUUAGAAUUUUUAACAAGGUGGAAUGAGCAAUUUAUUGAAACAAAAUUAGUUCUUGAUAAGUGUACAAACAGAGAAUGGAUUUUUAAUGUAUUAGACAGUAAUAUAAUUUUAACAAUAACAUAUUCAAAUAUUUCUAAUAACUAUUCAUUUCUUAAAGUGGAAGAUAUAUCACUAACCUCAAAGACCAUUGCAAAAAAUGAAAUAAUAAAAUUUGGAAUAAAUUGGAUUUUAUCAAAAUACAAUCCAAAGGUAUACAAACAAAUAUGUUUUACUUCAAGAGAUGUAGAACUAUUAUUAAAAUCUCUGUUAGACGAUGUUCAUUAUAUUAAUAAAGUAAUGAACAAUAUGUCUUAUGUAAGUGAUAUAUAUUGUGUCACAUUUAAAGAUAAUAAGGCUCAAUUUGUAGUACAUAACAUGAAAUGCCCAUUGAUGGUUCGUAUUGAGAUAACAUUGUCGAAUAUUCAUAAGCUUACUAUUAAAGAUCUGUCAGUCGAUUGUUUGUUUGGUCAUUUCAAUACAAAAUUAUUAGAAGAAAUAAUGGAAGAUGUAACAAAAGAUUGUAAUGUUUUGCAGUCUUUUGUAGAAAAAUUAUUUAAACUCUACUCACACCAAAUAAAUUGACUGGUCUAUAAGUUUUAAAAAUAUUAAGUAUAAUAUAAAGUAUUUGAAUAAAAAUAACAAUAACAUUUUAACACCUUGUGUGUUAAUGAAUGUUUUGAAUUUGUAAGUAUGUAGAUCUACAUCUAUGUAUUUUAUUUAUAUUUUUUUAUUCAGUAACACAUGUACAUGUCUUAUAAAUACUGUUAUUAAUAUAUACUUAGUAAGUAAAUUAUUAAGUAUGUUUUUGAUGCCAAGAAAAUCUCAAAAAGAAAAUAUUAUCACAGUUGUAAGUUUUAAUAUCAUUUAUGAAUUGUACAUAUGUGCAGAACUAAAGUACUGCCUAUUUUUUAAACUGACAAAAUAAGGAUUUUAAAAUGUUAAAAGUUGAUUUAUACCUUAUUAAAUAUUUGUAUAAUGCAUUUAUAUAUUUUAAGUAUUUGUAAAUACUAAAUUGUAUUGAUAAUUUCUUAAAGUUGAUGAAAAAAUGAUAUUUAAUAUUAAUUGAUUUUAUAUUAUAUGUUUUUGUUUGUUUUUUAAUUUAAAUUUAUUAUGUACUUUAUAUGAAAAUCAUUUCAUAUAAUAUUAAAUUGAUAUGAACUUUUCCCACCACUAUGUUAUUGAAUUUUCAACUGACAUUUUGAGUCCUUGAAAAUAUAAUGAACUAUUAUUAUAUAUAUUAUAUAAAGACUUACUUUAUAUUUUGUAUGAUUUUUAGGUAAUUAGUGUUAAGUGAUUAAAUUAAAUGUACUUACCGUAAAACAAUAAAUUUAAAACAAGACAAGUGUAUUUUAAUCUAUA